AUGUACCAGUUGAGGAAGUUCGAGUUCUUCGAGGAGAAGUCCGCCGGGAAGUGCUCGAUUCCGGCGGAGAUCGAGGGGAGGGUACAGUGCUGCUCGAGCGGGCGGGGAAGGAUAGCUGUCGGGUGCGACGAUGGCACGGUGGGACUCGUUGACCGCAACUUCAAGCUCUCUUACGCGUUCCAGGCCCACGCCUCCUCCGUCCUGUUCCUUCAACAACUGAAGGUGCGUUUCUUAUGAUUCUCUCUUUUAAUUUUGGCUACGCCGUGCCCACCAAUCGAGAACGUUGUGUCGUGAUCCCCCCUGUGAAAUCAUGAAAGAUUGUAGUCUUGUAGUGACGGAUUUUCCAAUGAAUCUUAGCCGGCAUCCCAAAUACGAUCAAUCCAUGCAUUAGCUUCGAUCAGUGGGAAUAAUGAAGCAGAGAUGAGAUGCACCAAAGGUUUGAUACACUGAGGCGGCCUUAUUAUUGACGUAGAAUUAGCUUGAUGAUAUUAUACCUGAUCGUUGACGAUUCCCAUCCAGAGUGACUAAACAGAUGCUUGGGGAUUUGAGUGUGACAUUGUAUUUUCCAUUUACAAAGGUCACUUAUAGGCACCCCUCCAUUAUAUCUUUGAUGUUUCAUCGCCAGUUGGGAUAUCGGGUGGUUAUUAGAUUAACACAGCCCGAAGCAACAAUACAGUGAUUUGUAUGGAGUAAAAGAAAUUCUGCGAAUUAUCUGCUUUUCUUUUCUGUUACCGUUUGGGACUGAUAACACUCUUCUCUUUCUUCACCCAAACCAGCAACGAAAUUUUUUAGUGACUGUUGGAGAAGAUGAACAAGCAUCUCCCCAGGCGUCUCCUGUCUGCCUUAAGGUUUUUGACCUCGACAAGAUGGAGCCAGUGGGUUCAAGUACGACCACUCCUAUUUGCAUCCAGAUAUUACGUAUAUUUACUAACCAAUUUCCCGAAGCAAAGGUACGGCCGCCCUAGCGCCAGCAGUGGUUCCAUAACUUAUUUCUAUGUUUCCUCAGCAAAGAUAAAAUGCUUCUUUUUUUUAUUUUUCCUGCAGAUAACGUCAUUUUUGGUUCUUGAAGAGGUCUCGCCAGUUUUAUUGAUCUCCAUAGGUUUAGACAAUGGUUCCAUUUAUUGCAUCAGAGGAGAUAUCGCACGUGAGCGUAUCACACGUUUUAAGCUGCUGGUGGAGGCAACUUCAGAUAAAUCUCCCUGUUCAAUUACAGGUCUUGGGUUUUGUGUUGACGGAAAAGCUCUCCAGCUAUUUGCUGUGACACCCUUUUCUGUAAGCUUGUUCAACAUGCAGGAACAGCCACCCAAAAGACAGACCCUAGAUCAUAUUGGAUGUGAUGUCAAUGGUGUUGCAAUGAGUGAUCGCCUGGUACAAGAAUUUUACAUAUCUUUUUUUUUUAUAUAUACUAUUGCGUUUCGAAUGCUGUAUAUGCUUAUAAAAAUGUUGAUCCAUGAUUUUUUUGGUCCAUAAAUCAGGAUUUAAUAAUUGGCCGCCCUGAAGCUGUCUACUUUUAUGAAGCUGAUGGUAGAGGUCCAUGUUGGGCCUUUGAGGGGGAGAAAAAGUUUCUUGGUUGGUUUCGCAGCUACCUGUUGUGUGUCAUAUCAGACCAAAGGAGCGGUAAGGACACAUUCAAUGUCUAUGAUCUUAAGAGCCGAUUAAUUGCACACAGCGUGGUUGUUGGGGAUGUUUCACAUAUGAUCAGUGAAUGGGGUAACAUAAUUCUUAUAAUGAGUGACAAAAAGAUUGUAUGUAUUGGAGAAAAGGACAUGGAAAGUAAACUAGAUAUGCUUUUCAAGAAGAACUUAUACACUGUUGCUGUAAAUCUAGUUCAAAGUCAGCAAGCUGAUGCUGCAGCCACAGCUGAAGUUCUUCGGAAAUAUGGUGAUCAUUUGUAUGGGAAGCAGGAAUUUGAUGAAGCUAUGACUCAGUACAUCCAAACAAUUGGGCAUCUUGAACCUUCGUAUGUUAUUCAGAAAUUUCUUGAUGCACAACGUAUCCACAACCUGACAAAUUAUUUGGAGAAUUUACAUGAGAAAGAUUUGGCUUCUAAAGACCACACUACACUUCUUCUGAACUGUUACACGAAGUUAAAAGAUGUGAAAAAGCUAAAUAAGUUCAUCAAAGGUGACGAUAGCGUUGGGGAACACAAGUUCGAUGUGGAGACUGCCAUACGAGUAUGCCGGACUGCUGGUUAUCAUGAGCAUGCUAUGUAUGUUGCAAAGAGGUCCGGUAAACAUGAGUUAUAUUUGAAGAUCUUACUUGAAGAUCUGGGUAGAUUUGAUGAAGCAUUACAAUAUAUUUCAGGCCUCGAACCCAGCCAGGCUAGGGUUACUAUAAAAGAGUAUGGUAAGAUACUCGUGGAACACAAGUCAGCUGAGACAAUUGAAUUGUUGGUGAGGUUUUGCACCGGUGAAGGAACUUCUCCAACCAGAAACUCAAAUGGCUUGCAAAUACCUGUUGUUUCUUCCCCUCUGGAUUUUGUGAAUAUUUUCGUGCAUAGCCCUCUAGCUCUCAUGACUUUUCUGGAAAAGUGUUCCAGCGAUGUGAAGGAUUCACCAUCUCAGGUUGAAAUCAAUAAUAUCCUGUUAGAGUUAUAUCUUUCCAAUAACCUGAUUUUUCUGCUAACAUAUCAAGAAAACGGCAGUGAGAAUCAUAACCCUAUUGAGAGAAGUGGAGUGGCAAAUGGGUCCACAAAGGGUGGCAAGAAUAAAAAUAUUUUGAAGGUAGAUGAUGCUGAAGAAAGGGAUCGACUAGAAAGACAUAGGAAAGGAAUAAGUCUGCUGAAGAAUGCAUGGACCCCUGACUUGGACCAGCCUUUGUAUGAUGUCGAUCUUGCGGUCAUUCUCUGCGAGAUGAAUGCUCUGCAAGAAGGUUUGCGGUUUUUGUAUGAGAAAUUGAAGCUUUACAAAGAGGUAAUUACUUGCUACAUGCAGGAAGGUGACCGUGAAGGGCUGAUUGCUUGUUGCAAGAGGCUAGGUGACUCUACCAAGGGAGGGGAUCCUUCUCUUUGGGUUGAACUCCUGAAGUAUUUUGCUGAGGUUGAUGAUGAUGAUUGCUCUAAGGAGAUAAAGGAGGUCUUGACUUAUAUUGAGAAGGAUGACAUCUUACCCCCUAUUGUUGUCCUCCAAACACUGGCUAGAAACCAUCGCUUAACACUUUCUGUGGUGAAGGAUUAUAUUGCUCGAAAACUUGAGCACGAGUCAAAAUUAAUCGAAGAUGACCGACAAUCUAUUGUGAAAUCUCAGGUCAGCACCUCGUGUAUUUUUCUCUUUCCACUUUAAAUCAUGCAUUCCCUGAAGAUCUCUGUUUCUCUCUUAUUUCGUUUUCUAGCGUACCAGAAUAUAACUUAAUGGCAGGUUCGCAGUUUUUGCCCAAAAGGGAAGCUUUGUACUAGAACACCAAUUUGAAUGUACCAUAUCAAAGACAGCGUGGAAGAAGUUAACAAAGGAAAAAUUCAGAGAAAAAGUAAAUGUUUCCAUUAAUAUGGGUUAGAUCGUUCUAUGCUGUGAAUGAAAUGUUCCAUGAUGUGUGGAUGAGAAAAGUUGACCUUGAUGAACCCUGACCACCAUCUGCUUUACAUGGAGGAAGUCCUUUCUUGGAAACCAAAUUCACCUUAGUUUUUGUAUUGACCAUCUGAUUAAUAAGUCAUUGAAGUAUUUUUGAUUUUAUAUAUAUAUACGGACAUGAUUUCUUUUUUCUUAGUUUCCUCUGUUAAUUCACUGCUGGGGAAUCCAUUCACAUGAGCAACAUCUAGCCUAAAGGUUGCCCAUCACUCCUCCGCACCUUUAUUUAAGAGUGAUUAACACCAUGAUAUAAGUGACAAAGGGAUAAGUCAGAAUAUGUGGUCAACCUCAAGAGAGUAUUCCUGCCAAGUCUGCUCAAGACCUUUCUUUCCCAAAAGAUACACCUUCAGUUAGUCUCAAUGAUUUGUGGCACACUCCAGAAAACAAGUGUUUGCAUUGAACAUCCACACCAUAAGUCUUCUGAAAUCAGAAAUCAGCUGCUCCAUGGAGAUCUUGAGAUAUGUUUUACAUGUUUCAGUUGAUAGGGGUAUUAAUGAGAAUAAAUACAUGUACUCGUUUUGUGUUUAUCUUAUUUCUAAAUAUUUCUUGGCUUCAAUAGUUAUCAAAUAAUUUGAGAUUAAGACAAUGCCUGUUCCUCAUAUAUGUACAUAUGCACAUUAAUUCUACCGGCAGUGGGUGGGUAGAGUUAACAUAUAUGAACAUGAACAUGAACAUGAACAUGAACAUGAACGUGAACAUGAAACAUGAACAUGAACAUGAACAUGAACAUGAACAUGAACAUGAACAUGAACAUGAAUUUUCUUGGAGAACCCUGAUUUCCCACUUUCUUUCGUCUCCUGUAUAAUAAUAUUGGAUCUCUACUUCGUUAUCCCCCCACGCAGGAGGACACCGAAGGUAUGAAGAAAGAGAUUCAAGAUCUCAGAACAAACGCCAGGAUCUUCCAGAUCAGCAAGUGUGCCAACUGUGGCUCCACCCUUGAUCUCCCUGCGGUGCACUUCAUGUGCAUGCACUCGUUCCACCUGCACUGCCUCGGGGACAAUGAACAGGAAUGCCUGCGGUGUGCCCCUGAAUAUAGAUCCGUCCAAGAAACGAGGAAGAACCUGGAGCAGAAUGCCAAGGAUUAUGAUAAAUUUUCCCAGAAAAUCAAGAACUCAAAGGAUGGGUUCUCUGUCAUAGCGGACUACUUUGGGAAGGGAAUUGUGAGCAAGACCAGCCACAGCUCAUCGGAGAGCACCUGA